AAUUAGAAACGUCAGAAAUGAAAUGGUGUUGUCCGUAAUCGUUUGUGUUUUGUUGAAGUGAAAACCCGAUAUUUCGGAAGUUCCGAUGAGAUAAUUACUUGGGAUGCUUCUUUUUAUUUCUAAAAUAUUCAGUUAGAAUUGUUGUCAUCGGAGAAGCUUCGUGAACACUUCAUUUACAUUCUUGCCCCCAAACGAACUUUGUUUCUUUCUAAGAAUCAUGAUGGCUGAGUCAGAUGCAACUGUAGAAGCUACUAGAAGAUUGAAUGUGAAGAAGCAAACUUUAGAUGAUGCUUACGCAGCACCUGCAAAUUUUCUUGAGAUUGAUGUUCUGGAUCCUGUUACAACAAUUGGCGUUGGCAAGAAAAGAUUUACAGAUUAUGAAGUCAAAAUGAGAACCAACUUACCUGUAUUCAAAAUUAAGGAAUCUAGUGUGAGAAGAAGAUAUAGUGAUUUUGAGUGGCUAAGAAAUGAAUUAGAACGGGAUAGCAAAAUAGUAGUACCACCGUUACCUGGUAAAGCUUGGAAAAGGCAGUUGCCCUUCAGGGGAGACGAUGGUAUUUUUGAGGAAGACUUCAUUGAAGAACGUAGGAAAGGAUUGGAAGUUUUCAUUAAUAAGAUUGCUGGACACCCACUUGCCCAAAAUGAACGUUGUUUGCAUAUGUUCUUACAAGAACAACAAAUUGACAAAAAUUAUGUCCCAGGUAAAAUACGCAAUACGUAAACCUAACUGAUAUUAACUUGAACAACUUUGUUUUUCCUUAUUUUACUUUUAAAUGCAUAAGUACUGAUUUGAAAGUAAUAGGUUAUCAAAUAUUUGCAAAAUCUCUGUUGGCAAUUAUAAGUAAUAACUGAAUUGAUGUGUCCAUUUUUCAUGACCAUGAAAAAGAGUUAUGAUUUUUAUAUACUGUUUUUAUGUAAGGGAGGUCAUUGAGAUUUGGAUAUUUAGGUAUAAAAACAUUUAUUGAAGGAAUUAUUUGCACGACACUCAUUAAUCUUGAAGAAGUUUUGCUCAUAAAAUCAUUUAGUUUCUUAUUUUUAUCUACUGAGUAUUUGCUCCAUUUCGUUUUUUAUCUAUUUCACAUAAUGGGCAAAAGUUUGAAAUUUGUUGCAAUUUAUUAGGCAAAAUUUACAGAGGUUCUAUAUUUAUACAAAUUGCCUUUGAAUCUCGAUUGUUCACUAGAAAAGAAGGAUAUUUGAGAAAAUUAUUUCUUACACAUUUAAUAUGUCAAACAUACUUGUUCAGAAAAAUUUCUCCUAGUAUAGCAACAAAAAAUUAUUUUUGGGAUAUAUUCUAUUCCUUGCUUUAUUAUAAUAAUAAUUGUAAAGUAUAUUUAAGGUAUUAUAGAUCCAGAAUUCAUGUUUUACUGCUCUAAUAAAUUUAUUUAUAUCA